AUGUCAAAUCCAUCGGGAUCUAAUCAGGCUCAUUCGUCACUCCGCGGACUUAAUAUUAGUACCCUGCGACGCAAGAGAGGUAAUAUCAUUGGACAAAUUUCCUCCCUUGUGAACUUUCUCGAUACAUAUGAAAAUUCAGAUCAUAGAGACACAUUUCUUUUACAAACUCAUGUAAACGGUUUAACCGAAGUCUGGAAACGUUUCGAUGACAUUCAAUUCAACAUAGAGGAAUUAGAUGAUUCUGAAGAACCACGUAGGUUUGAGAUUCAGAACAAUUAUUAUUCAGUCAUAGCUCGUGCAAACCGCCUUCUUCAAGGUCAACAAUCAGUUGAUCCAUCAAUCCGUGCCGUGAAUGUUUCACCCGCAACAACUGUACCUGCCCCUAUGACCAUAAAACUACCUGAAAUGCGGUUACCUGUAUUUGACGGUACAAUUGAAAAAUGGGCUUCGUUUUUUGACUUAUUUUCUUCAAUGAUUGACCGCAAUGAGGACUUGACACCAGUCCAGAAAUUGCAAUACUUACGGUCAACUCUCACUGGGAAGGCUGCAGCAUGUAUCCAAGCGCUCAGUACUACCGAUGCAAACUAUACGAGCGCAAUAGAGAUUUUAAAAGAAAAAUUUGAAUGUACCCGUCGAAUAGUGUUAGGACAUUGCGACGCGUUAAGAGAAAUUCCCAAGCUUGCAAAGGACACCGCCGGAGCACUUGGUGAUCUAGUUGAUUCGGUGAACCAGCAUCUUAGAGCUCUGGAGAAUUUGGGCGAAAAAGUUUCGGAAUGGAAUAGUAUCGUAGUCUCUAUCAUUUUAUCAAAACUUAACUCAGAAACAAUAUGGCAUUGGGAGUUAACUUUAAAAGAUAAAAAGAAGAUACCGUCUUUUGUUGAUUUGCUAGCAUUUUUAGAAAAACGUGCAAAUUGUGUACCAAUAAAUUCUUCAAAAACCCUUCCAACGGCGAAUCAUGCAGGCAAACAUUUCGCAGAGGUUCCUCAUAAUUUAAGGCAACGGCCUUUAAAGAGUCAUGCGUUCCUAACUUCAAAGGGUCAACGCAAUGAUCCAUAUAAAAAACAGGAAAAGGAAAGUGGUUUGAUUGAUCUCAAUCGUUUCUGGGAAAUAGAAGAAGGCCCGCAGCUAAAACAUUUGUCUGAAGCUGAAAAAGCAUGUGAAGAACAUUUUCGCACCCAUACAGUUCGUAAUGUAGAAGGUCGAUACAUCGUAGCACUUCCAUUUAAGGACAAUGUGUUACAGUUAGGAGAAUCUAAGUCGCGAGCUUUCAAGAGAUUCAUUUCGUUGGAACGGAAAUUAUGCAAUGACAAAGAUUUACAUGACAAUUAUAGCGCUGUUAUUCAGGAAUAUCUGACAUUAGGACAUAUGUCUCCGGUACCAAACGAGCAGGAAACGAAUGAAGGUUAUUACUUACCUCAUCACGGAGUGAUAAAAAAUACUAGCGACACUACUAAAUUACGAGUAGUAUUUGAUGGCUCUGCACCAACCACAUCAGGCAUCUCUCUCAAUGAAACUUUGCAUAUAGGCCCUAAAAUCCAAGACGAUUUAUUAUAUAUUCUGCUCAGGUUUCGAUGUUACCGGUUCGUUUUAACAGGAGAUAUUGAGAAGAUGUAUCGACAAUUUCUCGUACGCCCAGAAGACAGGAAAUACCAACGAAUUCUAUGGCGAGAUAGAACUGAUCAAAUUAAAACUUUCGAAUUGAACACUGUUACAUUCGGACUAUCUGCAGCACCUUAUCUUGCAAUCCGGUGCUUAUCUCAACUAGCUAAAGAUGAAAAAUCACGUUUUCCAGUUGCUUCAGAAGUCCUAACAAGAGAUUUUUAUGUCGACGAUCUACUCACUGGUACUGAAACACUAAAUGAAGCAUUCCAAUUACGUAACCACAUUACUCAACUAUUAUCAACAGCUGGUUUGAACAUUCGUCAGUGGGCUUCAAAUGAAAGAUCUCUCUUACAGGAUUUAUCGGCACAGGAUAUUAACAAAAAAUUAUAUCUCGGAGAAUCCUCUACGAUUAAAACACUCGGGGUCGUUUGGAAUUCUGAAAAUGAUUCAAUUGUAUAUUCCGUAAAAACUUCUAAUUAUACAUCUCGUGUAACUAAACGUACUAUCAGUUCGGAAAUAGCAAAGAUUUACGAUCCAUUGGGGUUGUUAGGGCCAGUCAUUGUCGUAGCGAAGAUUCUGCUUCAAAAAAUUUGGUCUUUAAAAGUUGAUUGGGACGAAUCUCUGCCAAUACACAUAUUCACGGAAUGGACGCAGUUUUAUACCCAGUUGCCUUUAUUAAACAACGCCAUAUUUCCACGUAAGACAAUUAUUAACAACUCCACAACAAUUGACUUGCUCGGAUUUUGUGAUGCAAGCGAACGCGCUUAUGGCGCGUGUAUCUACCUUCGCUCUACAGAUACACACGGUCACAUUGAGACAAGUUUAUUAGUGGCAAAAUCAAAAGUCGCUCCUUUGAAAAGCCAAACGAUUCCUCGUCUCGAGCUCUGCGCAGCUGUUCUCUUGACAAGAUUGCUCUCCACAGUUCAAAAAGCUUUGCGUGUGAAGAUUCAGCAUACAAUUUUAUGGACAGAUUCAAUGAUUGUAUUGCAUUGGUUGCGGACAUCUCCUCAUCUUCUAAAAACUUUUGUUGCAAAUAGAGUGGCCGAGAUUCAGACCGAAACCAGUAUUUCAGAUUGGCGGCACGUUUCAUCAACAGAUAAUCCAGCAGACCUACUGUCUAGAGGUCUGACUUCAGAAGAAUUUUUACAUAACUCUGUUUGGCGUUCCGGUCCAAUGUGGCUUAAUAAAAAUGAAACGUUCUGGCCAUCUUGGGAAUUAAUCUCUAAUAACACAAUUCCCGAACAAAGGGCUACUAUAUGUUUGACAACCACACAGACUGAUACCUCAAUUUUAAAUCGAUUUUCAUCUUGGACAAAGACAAUAAGGGUUGUUGCCUUUUGUUUGCGUUGGAAACAAAACAAUAUUAAUCGAGGACCUCUUAAUGUCUCCGAACUCAAGCAGGCACAUGACGUCAUCAUAAAGUUGUUACAGGAACAGUAUUUUUCAGACGAAAUACGUUGUAUCAGAAGCGGACAACGUCAAAAAUUGACAGGCAAAACUCAACAAUUAAAUCCUUUUUUAGACGAUGUUGGAAUAUUACGGGUAGGGGGCAGAUUACAACACUCAUUGAUGCCCUUUAGUCAAAAGCAUCCCAUUAUACUUCCGAAGUCACGCAUAACUAAAUUAAUUAUUGAAAACGAACAUAAAACCCAAUUACACGCAGGUACGCAGGCAACACUUUAUGCCUUGAGACGUCGUUACUGGCCUGUAGAUGGUCGGAGUCAAGUAUGGAGGACAGUUAAAACUUGUGUCAAGUGCUGUCGAUCACAGCCUCCAUCAACCGACUAUAUUAUGGGAAAUUUACCUGCUAGAAGAAUUACUGAAUCCCGACCAUUUGCGAACGUUGGUGUUGACUAUUGUGGUCCAUUCUAUAUCAAAGAACGGAGACAUCGGAAUCGUAGUAAGAUCAAAGUUUACGUCGCAGUUUUUGUAUGCUUAGCAGUGAAAGCAAUUCAUCUUGAAUUGGUCAGCGAUCUCACCACUGAAGCUUUCAUUGCGGCUCUUCGGCGUUUUAUUGCAAGACGAGGUUUCUGUGCCACUUUGUAUUCGGACAACGGUUCUAAUUUCAUUGGUGCAAACAAUGAAUUAUCAGAAAUCAAACAGCUUCUUCGAUCUGAAGAUCACAACAAUAAAAUAACUACCUUCCUUGCGGAACGGUCGAUCGAUUGGAAAUUCAUUCCACCAUUAAGUCCUCAUUUCGGAGGUCUUUGGGAGGCAGCUGUAAAAUCAUUCAAAUAUCAUUUAAGACGCGUCGCAGGGCUCACAUUAUUCACCUUCGAAAACCUAAACACAUUGAUUAUCGAGAUAGAAGCUAUUCUAAAUUCACGCCCGAUUACUCCCAUUUCAUCAGAUGCUAACGAUUUAUUAGCAUUGACACCAGGUCAUUUUUUAAUUGGCGAUUCGUUGACGAGCUUGCGCGAAAGAGAUUUCCAAGAAACCCCGGCCAAUCGUUUAACUAGUUGGCAACAUGUGCAAAAAUUAAAACAGCAUUUUUGGACAAGAUGGCAUAGGGAAUACUUGAACGAACUAACUAAUCGAAGCAAAUGGUCAAAAGGUUCCCACAGCAUCAAAGAAGGAACUAUAGUCCUUCUGAAGAACGACAACGUACCUCCGUUACAUUGGCCACUCGGAAGAAUCGUCAAGGUGCAUCCUGGUUCAGACGGAAUCAUCCGAACCGUUACUGUGAAGACAGCCACAUCAACAUUCGAUCGAAAUGUGAGGCGUUUAGCACCACUGCCCAAUCAAGACAUCUAA